AUGGAUCAUGUCAACCACACCUGGCCCCAGACCUUCAUCCUGGCUGGUUUCACCACCUCUAGCGCCCUGAGACCUCUUGCCUUCCUGGGGGCCUUGUGCGUCUACCUCCUCACCCUUGCGGGGAACUUGCUCAUCAUUGUCCUGGUCCAGGCGGACUCAGGACUGUCCACACCCAUGUACUUCUUCAUCAGUGUCCUGUCCUUCCUAGAGCUCUGGUACGUCAGCACCACCGCGCCCAGCCUGCUGCACACCUUGCUCCGUGGCCUCUCGCCCGUCUCGCCGGUCGUGUGCUUCGCCCAGCUGUAUGUCUUCCAUUCCUUGGGCAUGACUGAGUGCUACCUGUUGGGAGUCAUGGCCCUGGACCGCUACCUGGCCAUCUGUCGCCCACUCCACUACCACUCCCUCAUGAGCAGACAGGUACAGCUGUGGCUGGCGGGGGCUACUUGGGUGGCUGGGUUCUCAGCUGCCCUAGUGCCAGCCAGUCUCACUGCCACUCUGCCCUACUGCUGGAAAGAGGUAGCGCAUUACUUUUGUGACCUGGCACCACUAAUGCGGUUGGCAUGUGUGGACACAAGCUGGUAUGCUCGGGUCCAUGGUGCUGUGAUUGGAGUGGCCACUGGGUGCAACUUUGUGCUCAUCCUGGGACUCUACGGGGGCAUUCUGACGGCUGUGCUGAAGCUGCCCUCGGCUGCUAGCCGUGCCAAGGCCUUCUCCACCUGCUCCUCCCACAUGACGGUCGUGGCGCUGUUCUAUGCUUCUGCCUUCGCAGUGUAUGUGGGAUCACCCGGGAGCAGACACCAGGGCACUGAUAAGCUCAUUGCGUUAGUGUACGCCCUUCUCACUCCUUUCCUCAACCCCAUCAUCUACUCCCUGCGCAACAAGGAGGUGAAAGAGGCUGUGAAAAGGGUGACUGGCAAGAUCAGGAUUCUCUUACGAGAAUCCUGA